UGUAAACAAGGCGUUCUGAUAGUACAAUCGGUACGACUGCUGCCUGUUUUGAGAUAUCCAGUUCUUUUUCGGAACUGUGAUUGUACACACACAAUUCAAAAUGUUUCGAAUAAUUUCAUUAUUUCUUCUCGUGGGCGCGAUUGCUUGUAACGAAGUAAUUUUGGUGGACAGACUAAGAAUGGAAUUCCUGAAUAUGGAAGAAGAAUUGUGGAAGUACGUGCUGUGGGAAACACCGAAUAUCGAUCUCGGUGAUUCGGAGUUGUAUUUGGUGAACAAGUUUAGUGAAUACGACGAAAGAAUUAAACAGAUGCCUGAAGAUAUUCUACUGGGCCUAAACCCUAUCAAGCAUAUCCAUUCCUUCAUACUGCUCUAUCCGGAAUUGAGACAGACCGAAAAUCUGUACGAAAAAUUCCGACAGUAUUUGCAAGAUCAAAAAAAUGCCACUUUGGGCGACAAAAGACUCAUAGAGAACAUGGUGGACUCUGAUGAAAUCAUCAGGGAUAUCUCCAACAAAAAAAUGGGUGCUAAUGUGACAGUUCAUAACGUCUACGACCUGACGUUUGGUAGCGAGAACAUGAUACUGAAAAUAUUCGAAUUCCUUGAAGACGACUACUACUGCAAAGACAUGUUCCAGUCUCAGAGACAGGUGUACUACAAUUUGUACAAUGCUGUAGCUUUGAAUGGUCUGAAAAGUUACGUGAUGCUACAAUUCGUUAAUCUGAUGAGACAAGUUGAACAAGGAGGAAAAGGGAAUUACACUGACGAAGCAAUAAUAAUCAGGAACAAUUUUGAAAGACGAGUUAACGAAACCAUGACAGUCUUUCGAGGUGCCAUGGAAUUAGCAACUGAUAAACUAUGGAGGUGUGACCCAAAAUACCACAGUUUAGGUGAAACAUACGACGAAUUCACUAGACUGCUUCAAGGGCACGUGCAGAAUGAAGUUGACAUGAACCCGCGAGGUACAUGUACCAAGAACUGCGCAGCUUACUACACGAGCAAAAAUUACGGUUGUUACGAUGAAGACAGCGAUUACUGCACGAAUAUGGAGAAGUGCAACGGCAAAUUUUCGGCUGUAACUUCAUCGAAAGCCACAUGGAAAUUUGCACAUCUAAAACACGUAGUAGGAGAUACAAUUUUAUCAAGUUCGAGAGCGGCAAGUACUACGGAAAGCAGUCAAGUUGCUGGAAGAAACCAGUUGACAGUUGGUACCGAUGGUUCUUUCACUGUUCCUACUGUAUGUGCCUUUGCGACGACCCCAACAUCAAUUCUGACAGAUUCAUCAAUUUGAGACCCGUCCUGUCAGACACCAAGAAGAACAGGGUUGUCACAGGUGUGAGAUUUGUCAAAAUUGACAGAAUAAUGCAUAUUCAAAUACAGGAAGGACAACUGUUGCCCUACGGUUACAUCAAUCAAUCGACAGUUCACUGGGUACC